AUCCUGUCCUCAUAUCCUGACCUCAUAUCCUGUCCUCAUAUCCUGUCUUCAUAUCCUGUCCUCAUAUCCUGUCUUCAUAUCCUGUCCUCCUAUCCUGUCCUCAUAUCCUGACCUCAUAUCCUGUCCUCAUAUCCUGUCCUUAUAUCCUGUUCUCAUAUCCCGUCCUCAUAUCCUGUCUUCAUAUCCUGCCUUCAUAUCCUGUCCUGAUAUCCUGUCCUCAUAUCCUGACCUCAUAUCCUGCCUUCAUAUCCUGCCUUCAUAUCCUGUCCUCAUAUCCUGUCCUCAUAUCCUGUCCUCAUAUCCUGUCCUUAUAUCCUGUCCUCAUAUCCUGUCUUCAUAUCCUGUCUUCAUAUCCUGUCCUGAUAUCCUGUCUUCCUAUCUUGUCCUCCUAUCCUGUCCUCAUAUCCUGACCUCAUAUCCUGUCCUCAUAUCCUGUCCUUAUAUCCUGUCUUCAUAUCCUGUCUUCAUAUCCUGACCUCAUAUCCUGUCUUCAUAUCCUGUCCUGAUAUCCUGUCCUCCUAUCCUGUCUUCCUAUCCUGUCCUCCUAUCCUGUCCUCAUAUCCUGUCUUCAUAUCCUGUCCUCUUAUCCUGUCCUCAUAUCCUGUCCUCAUAUCCUGUCCUCAUAUCCUGUCCUCCUAUCCUGUCCUCCUAUCCUGUCCUCAUAUCCUGUCUUCAUAUCCUGUCCUCUUAUCGUGUCCUCAUAUCCCGUCCUCAUACCAUAUCCCCUAUUUUCCACAUCUGUCUGUUGGACAGAUCGGGAGUCCCAUAGACUUUUAUGGGACUUUAGAGAUAUAACCAACCCUCACAUACAGGGUACAUUUAUAGUUUACAUGUAAGUAACUUGUGACCAGGUUUAAUUGAAAUAUCUCCAGCUGUUUGGAAGUUAUGCGGGAGCAUACAUAUAGUACAUACAUAUGUGGUGUCCCGGUACCGUAUUACAUAUGUUACCUUGUGGUGAGGUCCCCAAAGUCAGAGUCCCUAGGAACAGUGGGGGUCCUCUUCCUUAGUUAACCCCUCGUCAUCCCUCAGUUAGCUAUAAUUUAUGUAAAUAUAAAUGUAAAGAUGUAUAUUUAAUAUUCUUACCUUGUUCGUGUUGCAGGACCUGCAGGUCAUGUGACUUAGUUCAGAACUCUAUGGUUUGCUAAAGGACCUUUGGUGGUUCUAGUCAGUUUUGGAAAGUCUUUUCUUCAGCCGGUGUCUCCGGAUGGUGGUCCUGAGAUGGUGGAGGGGACCAUGACGGGUUCAUUCUGGAUCUUCAUCAUUCUUCUUCUUCAUGAGACAUAUAUCGGAUGUGCAGACCUCUGCGGGGAAACCAUUGUUGUAAAUGGGAUGGCUGGCGGCAACGGAACGCUACAGAUGUCUGUGAAGUACAUAGAGGACGUCACUUGGAUUCGUAGCAAUAACCGCAUCGCAACAACAUGGCCGCAUAACCCCAUCAUUGUGAUGAGCCCAUACAUGGGGAAGCUGGCGAGCGACCAGGACGGAUCCUUAAUUAUCUUGAAUCUGCAUCAGGAAGAUGAAGGGACGUAUGACGCAAGUAUAAAGCUCCAGACCGGGGACAUGUGUACGCAGCAGUACCAGAUCCAUGUCUACCAGAGAUUAUCAGACGAAGAUAUCAAGAUCCGGCAUAACGUCUUCAGUCAGGCGCCGUGUCGUAUGACCUUGGCCUGCGCAGCCAAUGGAACAGACGUGACCAUUACCUGGACCAGCAACGACACACGGGUGACUAACCGUGCUGUGAACGUAACGGACCCCGACCCGAAGACCCAAUAUACCUGUACAGCAGAAAACCCCGUUAGUAACGCCUCCAAAUCUAUAACUGCAUCCGAAUAUUGUGGAAAAGGUACAAGAGGAAACAUAAGUUCAAUCGUUGCAACCGUCUGUGUUGUCAUCUUUAUUACCAUUGUUGUAUGCGGUUUAUUCUACAAGUAUCGCAGAAGGACGUCGCCCCCCGCUGGUAAUCCUCAGUAGUACAGUAAUCCAUCAGAAACAAUGAUUUAAAAGAACAUUUUAUACCCGUCCUGUAUUUUGGGGGUCUGACUGCCGGGACCCCACAAGCCUCCCACAAGUCGUAUUGCCGUACCUACAUACAUGUGGUGUCCCAGCACCAGCAUCUGUCCUGUGGCUCUGGACUGUCUCGGGCAGCCUGAUAGCAGGAGGUGUUGGGCCCUGUGGAGUCCUACUGUUAUAUUCAUUAUGUGUAUACUGUAUUAUCAGAAUAAUAUAUUUUCCUAAAUUAAUAUUAUUAUUGUUCUAUGUGAAUGUUUUCCAUGUUAUUGUGCCUUUAAGAGUGUUACCCAUGAGACCCUGCAAUGAACCCCAUGUGACCCUGACGGCCAAUGAGACCCCAAAAGUCUCCCCUGUAUAAUGAGGUGCAGGGGAGGAGUCAGUCUCGAGUCUAGUGGCUCAGGUGUGCUGUGUGUCGUGUGCUCUGGGAGGGGCCUACUUAUACCCUGAUCUCUAUCCUGGUCAUCCUGCAAGAAAAUACUUGUGUGUGGGAAAUUCAUGCCCCUGAAGAACAGUUUCCACGACCUUGGCGGGACCCUAGCAACCAGCAUUUUUCAAGUCAAUAUAAUUGUGUCCUGUGAAAAGCACCACAAGUCUCAUCAAGGCAACAGGGUCUCAAGGGUUAACUCUGCACUCUCACACCAGCUGUCUGUGUAAUACCAUCUGCACCUGCUCAGUGAAGACAGUUAUCCGUAACCUGAUGUCGCUAUGUUCCUUUAUUCCCAAUGUCUGGCCCAGGAGAAACGGUCUCCAACCUUGGACCAUGUAUAGGGUAACGGUGCCCUGGCAUCACAAAGUGAUCAGGUACUCUUGCUAACACCCCGUGGCCGCCACAAACACAUACCCCAAGGGGUUAAUAACGCCUUCUACUCCAAUGUACUGACGUAAGAUGUAUCUUUUGCGCCAUAUGUGGUUGACAUGUAUAUUUUAUAUAUUUUGUUUGAAUCGGCCAUUGAGUGUACAGGGGGACACACACUGCUUUGAUUUGCUGUAGAAGAACUACAGGUCUCAGCAGCGCUCAGUAGCAGCAGUUUAUCUACCUCUGUUAGUACAGAAUACUGUUCUCAUGUAGGGCAUACGGUGU